AUGGCGCCUCCACCAGACCAGCCAUGCUACCUCCUCAAGAAGCUCCCGGCAGAACUACGCAACGAGAUCUGGACACUGGCUCUCGCCUCUCAAACCGAGCACGACGAUUCUUCAAACGAUUUAUGGGUCACAGAACGACCAAAUGCACCCAUCUCGAGACGACAACCACCCAUCACGCUCACCUGUCGCCAAAUCCGUGACGAAGCUCUGCCAUUCUUCUACGCCACCGGCCAAUUCGUAGCAUCCGGUUACAUCGAAGGAGUCAUCCACCGCCUCGAGAGAUGGCUCAUCGUGAUUGGGGACGUGCACCAUCUCGAACAGCUCACCAUCGCGACGAGCCUCACGGAAUAUCACCACGACCUGCCAGUUCUUGUGGAGAUCUAA